AUGGCCCGUGCCAUGGCUGCGGCUGCCCGGCCUGCCUCUGAACCGGAGACUGGGCCUGCAGCUGGCGAGAGCAAGCGGGCGCAGCUGACGCGGAUGCUCAAAACGUAUGGCACGACCGGGGUAGCGGUCCAUCUGGCCAUCUCGGUUGUCUCCUACUCGGCCGUAUACUCGCUGCUGCGCCUCGGCUGCUCACCAGGCGACGUGGCCGACUGGCUCGCCCUCGACGCCCUCCUCGGCGAUGACUCGCCUGUCUCGGCCCAGACCGUCGGCGCGGCCUCGACCGCUGCCGCUGCCUACAUCGUGUACAAAGCCACCCUCCCGCUCCGCCUCCCGCUCACUCUCGCCGCUACCCCCAUUGUCCACGCCCGCCUACGCGCCCGAGCCCGCUCCCGCUCUCACUCGCGGGCCCACUCCUCCAGACAAUGA